UAGAUAAAUUGGUCUAAGGAAUGAAACGCAGAAAGCGAUGUCGUUUAACAGGUCUUUGUUGUUCGACCAAUUUAAAGUCCAACAAGCAUUUGGUAGGACCUUAACAGUUCUCUCACAGAUUUGGAUUCCAAUCCUUGCCCGAUCCUUCUCAUCUCGUUCUCCAGCAGAAGUGGUGUCUUAUGGCUGCCUUCAAAGCAUUUUGGAACAGUCCAGUUGGUCCUAAAACAUCUCACUUUUGGGGACCUGUUGCCAAUUGGGGAUUCGUCGCAGCUGGUUUGGCUGACAUCAAUAAACCUCCAGAAAUGAUCUCUGGCAACAUGACAGGAGCAAUGUGCGUUUAUUCAGCAUUAUUCAUGAGAUUCGCAUGGAUGGUACAGCCACGCAACUAUCUACUUCUUGUAUGUCAUGCUUCAAACGAGACUGUUCAGCUCUAUCAACAUACUCGGUGGGCAAAGGCAGAAGGGUAUCUCUCGGGGAAGAAGGAGAAAGAAGCUUCAUCGGAGUGAACACAGUGAUUUGAAAAGAUUAUGUUUGAACUUGACGAUAACUGAAUAAUUGAUUGUGUGAAAGGGCUCGUGGAAAUGGUAAAAGAUUCAAAAUUUUCCGAGUAUUUAUUUUUACAAGGAUUAUAAAGAACUCUACACUAUUAAAGGCUUGAUUGCUUUUGAUCCGAUCCAGAACUUUUGGGCAUUGUUCAACCAUUGAAAUUUAUAUCCGCAUUGUUCAACCAUGGAUAUGAUUCUUGUUAAUGCAUGUUGUCUGCAGUGUUGGAACAUUAUUGAACUUUGAGUGCACUAUUCAAAUGUCUACUCUCUUCUACUCCA